ACAAAGAAAAUGUGUGUGAAAAUGCACUCAUCACUUGUAAAUAUUGCAAUCAAAUAAUACCAAGGAAGGAUAUUGAGCACCAUGAAAGUAUAGUUUGUGAUGAGGUGCCCACUGACUGUGAAUUUCAAGCUAUUGGAUGUAAUCAUGACAAAACUUUAAAACAAAAGGAGAUCCGACAACAUUUGAACGACAAUGUAAUUGAUCAUUUGAGCCUCUUGUUACGAUAUGUUAUGGCAUUUGUUACACAGUUAAGUAACUAUGUACCACGUCCACAGUUUACCACUGCUGUUCAAAACUUGGGUGACCGAAUCACAGCUGUUCGUUCUAAUCUCUCAGAAAAAUUUGUGAUGCUAGAAGGAACACUUACAUACCUGGAAAGGAGGAUUGAGAGUCAGGAAAGGAGGAUUGAGAGUCAAGAAAGGAGGAUUGAGAGUCAGGAAAGGAGGAUUGAGAGUCAGGAAAGGAGGAUUGAGAGUCAGGAAAGGAGGAUUGAGAGUCAGGAAAGGAGGAUCGAGAGUGUUGAGAAUCGUGGUGAGGAAAAUCGAAUAGCUUCCCUUGAGCGUCAGGUUACUGCUAUUUCCACAGUUUUACAAUGGACGUUGGAGAGUUUGGAUGAGAGGGGCGACUUACCGGAAGAACCGCAUGAUGCUCGCGAACUUUGAUCUAAUGAUCCAAACUCAUCUACAUAACUUUUUACUGUUUUGCUGUUGUGUCCUGCUUGAAGUGCCCUUCUAGACUAAGGUCGUUGCGUCCAAAACGUAUACCUAGACGAAACAUUGUCUGUCGCUUAUGAUUUUUAUCACUUUUUAUGUUUCUACUUUCUCAUUUGCAAAUAGCUACAACUCCCCAUUUUUUUUUUAUAAACGUGUUCAUCAAGAACAGUACACAUACAACUGAAAGCGAAGUAUAAUAUCAAGAAAAAAUUAUAAUAGUCAAAGCAAAAACACAGUUUAUUUAUACUUGAGUUUACAGCUACUGUCAACAAAAUAAAAAAGAUGCUGAAAAAAAGGAGGUCUUUUUGUCUCUGUAUUAAUCAGCAUCAGCUGUACCCAAA